CUUUAGCCACGAAAUACGAGAACGAGACGUGUGUAUACACAAUACAUCGAGCGUCACGGAAUUUAUUGUCUUUCACUGCCGACAGUAGGACGUAUAACCACGGAGAAGUAGUCCCAUCUGGAUAUUAAUCAUGCCGUUAAUUCGCCAAGAGGGCAAAGACACAAUUAUUUUCGCGUCCAAGGAAGACCACGCAGUACCCAGCAAGGUUGAAUUGCCAGACCCGGAGCCUAGUCCUGGUCUGCUACUGCCUAACGGUGAGAUUAACUGGAAUUGUCCGUGUCUAGGUGGUAUGGCGACUGGGCCGUGCGGUUUAGAGUUCCGCGAGGCUUUCUCCUGCUUCCAUUACUCAACUGCGGAUCCGAAGGGCUCCGACUGUCGUAAGGUAUUCGAAACAAUGCAGGACUGCAUGUUGCAGUAUCCGGCGCUGUAUGAAAGCAAAGGCGCGUCGACAGACGACUUAGAUGACGAGACAAGAGUGGCCGAAGAAGCAGAUAAGAAGUUGUCUGCUUCCAAUGAGGAGAAGAAGAAAGCAAUGGUCGCUAGUAAGGACGAAAUAUUGAAGACGACAACCGAAAAGAAAGUGAACACUUCGAGUACAAAGCAGGAAGUGGAGCGAACCAAGACUAAAUGAACAUAUGUUUUAUAUAUUUUGCUGUUUCAAGAUGUAUGCUAUGGCGUCUUCUUUCACUUUUAAUGAUCUAUUUCAUUGAAAAGGCACAAUAUCAUGUUAUAUUGUGGUGUUGGUAGUACUUGCAAAACGCGUUUUUGUAACGCAUAGAUAAAACUUGAUAGAUGAAACUUAAAACGUGAAAGAUCUCUUUAACCUGAACAAAAGUGAUGUACAAAACGAAUAAGUAGAAAAGAUAAGCAACGUACAUCAAUUAUUUCUGAUAUUUCAAUAUUAUCAGAUCAAAGUCUAGAGAGGUUGAAUUUAAAAACGUGUCGCAUAGAGUGAUUAGUAGAUUCAUGGUAAGUUUGAAUACAAUUGUGCAGUCAAGUUGUUCAUAGAUUUCAUGUUCGUUUAUUAUUAAAACGAUCUCUAUUAAUUCUGUCGCCUAUUUUCUUCCUUGCGACUUUUUAAGGCCUACUGUACUUGUUCUUUAUGCAUUCAGUCCUUUGAUUUAUAAUAGCAAUGAAUAAUUAAUCUUUGGUAAGUGUUUAUAUUUUUAUGAAAAAUGUUGCCAGGAAUAAGUCAUAUAUAAAAAAUCGCCAGAUCUCUAAGCACCACAUGUUUAAAUCAUAACAAGAAUUGCAAUAUUAUUAAUCAAAAGUAAUUAUAUUUAUAAAAUAAAGAAAUAGUACACUCAAUAUGUGUACACAGCAAAAUUAUAAAAUUAAUAAAGAAUGUAUAUGUAUUAUAAAAUUAUUAAUAUUGAUUAAUUAAAAGGCAUAAAUUAUAAAUAAUUUUUUAUAAUUAUACAUUUAUAUAUCUAUAUAGAUAGCUUUAUUAUUGAUAAUACAUUCUCUCUCUAAAAAUUUAUCCAUAACGAUAUACAAUGCAGCUAUAGAAAAUUGCAGCUUGAAAAUCUGCAUUUUCCGCAAAAAAUUCAUCAUCUUUUGAUUAACUAAGCGAUUUUACAUUCUACCGUAAACUGACAUGCCGAUAGGUCAAUUUAUUAAUAGAUUUAACAAUCAUGCGUCAAGAAGAUGGGUUAUCUAUUCGUAUUAGAGGAUUACAAAUUUCCACACUAUAUUUUUUUUGUUCUCGAAUGCGUGCUUCAGUUUAAAUGUAUAAAAGAAAAUAUGUAGAGAAAAUUAUAUAGAAAUAGAAAACAAACUGAGCGUUCGUACUCUCUUUUUCAUUCGAACUUGCGCGCGUUCCUUGAUUUGCUCGAUAGUUUCCCAAAUACGUCGUUAGAUGGUGUAGCUCUACUCGCGGACGCCGCGUGACGUCAAAUCGUGCUCCUCUCCCACCUCUCCAUACUUUAUUCUCCGCGCGACCGUAUGUAGUACGCUAUCUCAAUCCAGCGUCGUGGAGAUCAUUAGUGUAUCGUAUAAUAAUAGUGCCAUCGCGUUUGUCAGUAGCUAUACGCUGUAACAUUAACGGUACCGCAACGACACACACCCACACGGCACCAUGAAUACAUUGGAAUCUGUGCGAUUGUCGGAACGCGACGUCGUCCGUUUUUCGAUUCGCGGUGCAACGCAUUGAAUAGUGAGUGAUACGCGCGCAUCGAUCCCGAUACCGACGCCGAGAUAGACAAACAGAAAGAGAAAGAGAGAGAGAGAGAGAGAAAGAGUGAUCCACGGAGGGCAGAGUGCAGUGAGAACGAACGAGUUUUACGUCGAUCGAUAAAAGAAAAAAAAGAGCCGGAGCUCUCUUUCGCGAGAAACGCGCACACCGGAUACGUUCCUUGGCAGUGACCGAGAGUGUCCCGGUUUUGUGCGCUGGUGGCUUACGUCCCUUCGUCGUUCUCUCGUCGUGGCUCAUCAUGGAAACCUAUAGGAAGGAGAAGAAGCACAAGGAGAAGAGGAGG